GCCUGCUGUUUCCUGGGAAGAUCAUGAAACGAGGUCGACUUCCCAGCAGCAGCGAGGAUUCUGACGACAAUGGCAGCUUGUCAACCUGGUCCCAGCAUUCUAGGCAUCGGAGGAGUUCAUGCUCCAGGCAUGAAGAUCGGAAACCGUCAGAGGUGUUCAGAACAGACCUGAUCACUGCCAUGAAGCUGCCUGACUCUUACCAGCUGAACGCGGAGGAAUACUAUGUGCUGGCAGAUCCCUGGAGACAGGAAUGGGAGAAAGGGGUUCAGGUGCCAGUCAGUCCAGGGACCAUCCCAGAGCCUGUUGCCAGGGUUGUGUCCGAAUCAAAAGCAGUUACAUUUACGAGACCUCGGAAAUACAUCCUUUCCUCAGGUUCUGAGCCCCCCGAACUUGGUUAUGUCGACAUUCGAACAUUGGCGGAGAGUGUAUGUCGCUAUGACCUUAAUUACAUGGAUGUAGCUUGGUUGGAAUUGGCCAAUGAAGAAUUUAAAGACAUGGGGAUGCCUGAAUUGGACGAAUACACCAUGGAGAGAAUUAUGGAAGAAUUUGAACAGCGAUGCUACGACAACAUGAAUCAUGCUAUUGAGACUGAGGAAGGGCUUGGAAUCGAGUAUGAUGAAGACGUUGUCUGUGAUGUUUGCCAGUCUCCAGACGGCGAAGAUGGCAAUGAGAUGGUGUUCUGUGACAAAUGCAAUAUUUGUGUUCAUCAGGCAUGCUAUGGAAUCCUUAAGGUCCCAGAAGGCAGUUGGUUAUGCCGAACCUGUGCUCUUGGUGUUCAGCCAAAGUGUUUGUUGUGUCCCAAGAAAGGUGGAGCCAUGAAGCCAACGCGAAGUGGGACUAAGUGGGUCCACGUUAGCUGCGCCCUUUGGAUUCCUGAGGUGAGCAUUGGCAGCCCAGAAAAGAUGGAGCCUAUCACAAAGGUCUCCCAUAUUCCCAGCAGCAGAUGGGCUCUGGUGUGCAGUCUUUGCAAUGAGAAGAUUGGGGCAUCCAUACAGUGUUCGGUGAAAAAUUGCCGCACAGCUUUCCACGUCACUUGUGCAUUUGACCGUGGCUUAGAAAUGAAAACCAUUCUGGCUGACAAUGAUGAAGUUAAGUUCAAGUCGUACUGCCCAAAGCAUAGCUCCACUAAGAAGCCAGAUGAGGAAAACCUAAGUGAAUUCAUCAGCCAGGAGAAUGAGAACGGAGACCAGGACAAUUCCCCUCCUGCUCACCUUGAGCCAUUUGACAACAUGGAUCAAAACCAGGAGGAAGCCCACAGAGUGAGCGUUCGCAAGCAGAAGCUUCAACAACUGGAGGAUGAGUUCUAUGCCUUUGUCAAUGCUUCAGAAGUGGCCAAAGCCCUGCAGCUUCCAGAAGACUCUGUAGAAUUCCUGUAUCAGUACUGGAAGCUGAAGAGGAAAUCUAACUUCAACAAACCUUUGAUCACCCCAAAGAAAGAUGAGGAGGACAAUCUGGCCAAACGGGAACAGGAUGUUCUGUUCAGGAGACUACAGCUUUUCACCCAUCUUCGGCAGGAUUUGGAAAGGGUACGAAAUCUUACAUACAUGGUGACCCGACGGGAAAAAAUUAAAAGAUCUGUUUGCAAAGUCCAGGAACAGAUUUUCAAUCUCUACACAAAUCUUAUGGAACGUGAAAGAGUUUCAGGUAUGCCCUCCUCCUUUUCUACUAUGGAAAAUAUGGUGCUCUUCAACAGUUCACCUUCGGGACCAGAUGCACCUAAGAUAGAGGAUUUGAAGUGGCAUUCAGCUUUCUUUCGGAAGCAAAUGGGCAUGUCUUUGAGUCAUUCAUUGAAAAAGACGCAGAAGAGAGAACGAAUGAGGCACAAUGACAAACCUUUGCUCAAGCAGCCCAGCCAAAGGGAAGGCCUUGAGACUCCAGCUAGCUUUUUCAGCUUUGAAAAGACCUUUGCAGAAGCACAAAUUGGAUCAGCACAACAGAAGAAUGGGGUUGUCACGGCAGACCACAGGAAGAGAAGAGACAAUCAUUCCCAUUGUGACCUGACGAAGGGAGGACUGAAGGAAAAACCUUCCAAACACAUCCCCAAACCGCUGAGGUCUAACGAACUCACUCAGAGGCAACUGGAAAAUAAAAAGGCAGUGAACCACCCGAGUGGGAGGUCAGCGCCUGGAACCAGGAGGGAUACGGUGCCUAAAUACAAUGGAUCCUUUUGCAAAAUAAACUGUCACCCAACUCCAGUGAAAGUGCCUACGACACCAAGAAGCCCUGUGAAAAACUGGGGAGGAUUCCGAAUUCCAAAGAAAGGGGAGAGGCAACAGCAGGGGGAAGGGCAGGAGGACCCAUGCCGACAAAUCUCUAACUACCAUUACUCGGGCUUGGGUCGCAUUUCGCCGAAGGACAGGGCAAAAAACAACCUAAAGGUGGACAGCGAGAACGACGGGUAUACCCCUGAUGCUGAAAUGAGCGAUUCAGAAACUGAGGUGGCUGAGAACAAAUGCCGGCAGCCGAGGCUUGGUUCAAACAGCACUAUUGCUCGGAGGACAGACAUUAUUAGGAGAAGCAUCCUCGCCUCCUGACUGGAGAGUGAAACAUUGUAGUAGCACUGGAAGUCGGUGAUGUUCCCAGCC